AUGGGGCAGACGGGCAGCCAGCCGGCGGCCGCGUACCCUCAGCGCGGGCGGCGCUCCAACACUCUGCCCCACGAGCCGCUACGACUCGCGCCCAAGGUCCUACCAUCGCUACCGGAGUCACCGUGCUUGCGGAGUACAGACAAUGGUGCCAUCCUUCAGUCUGGUGGCACGAUCAGCGGCCGCAGGCCUGGUUCCUUGCUCCAGGAGGGCUCUAGAUCUACACAGGGCCUUGGGCACUCAAGCGUGUUUAGGUCGCGCUCCGCUGGCACCCCGGGGGAUCCAGGCGAGAUGUGGCCCAGAGAGCGUGAUCCCCUCCACCGCUCUCACACCAACUUCGACUUUAGACACAACGACAACGGUAGUUUAAGCAAAAGGUUCGGCUCCGAACCCGAUCUGAGGGUAGAAGAGGAACAGCAGAAGCAGAGAAAUCCACCAAACAACAAACACUUUCGUAAAAAGUACCGAGCUCCACCGCCUCCUCGCAAUGAUCGGCGAGGAGGUUCCUCGCCUGAUUCCAGUCUCGGCAAAGCGAGACCGGAACCCCAAAGAAAACUCAGGUUGUUCAAAACAAGAAACGAAACCAAAAAAACUAACGGUCACGCCGACUCGAAGAUGCCGACCUUCAAAAGCACCUACACCGAUUUCAAAUCGCUGGAUCUCAAUGAUCAGUCGUUCGAGAGGAGGUACAAGUCUCCUUACAAGGAUAAAGAUCACCACAUUAAGUACCCAGAUAGCAGGGACAUGGUGCAGAGCUCAGUUUCACUGAAGAGAGAGGAAAGACUGUUGCAAAACAAACAGGACGCGAAGAAAACGAGGGCGGACGUGGUUGGCGGGUGCAGAGCGAGAACUGCCAAAACAGGUGACCAAAGUGAAGCGUGGAAGACGCCGCUCUUCAACAGGAACUUCAGAUACUCGGAGAGAUUUAAAAAAGACGACUGCGAUCAUUCAACAUUAAGGAGGGAGAAGACAUUUGAUAAUUCACUCGUCGAAUCGAACAGGCAUAGCGGUACACCUAAAGACCCGUUUGAUGUAGAUCCAAAGACCACGAACGAUCAAAUAGACGGCAAGCUCAGCCCGCUAGCUGAGGGCAGCAAACCACUGAGGAAAUCUCUACCUUCAUUACUGCCGAGAAAUGAAGAAAAAGAUGAAUUUCAAGCGGAACUGAAAAAGGCAACGAGUAGGAUAAGAAACGAAUUAGGGAAUAAAGUUAAUGUAAGCGAAAACAAAACUAGUCAACAUAAUAGAUUCGGUGUGGAGCGACCGAACCCAACGAAAAGCGCAGUCCAGGCUAAAGUCAACGAAUCUAGUCUCAAAGCGGGUGUGAAGGUCAAACAGGAUGCUAAGACGCCUAUCAGCAGGCGGCCUUUGACCAGGACACAAGAGCCUAAGGCAAAAACCGCCCCGUUAGGGAAAGUUUCCAGAAACAGCGAGACGAAUAAGCUCAAACAUGACACGAAGGAAAACAAUCGCCCGAUGCCGGAUAGAGGCCAGGCUUCCGGCAAGGAGUCCACUCCGGAGCAUUCGCCGACUAGGAAAAGGGAUUUGCCGGCGAGCAAUGUUUUACAACCAAAACAGAAACCAGUACCGUCGAAGCAGUUCUACUUCGGCAUGAUAGAAAGCAAGCAAACGGAGAGCCAGGAGCAUUUGAAGGACUUCCCAGGCCUGGGCGGCCCCAUCAUCGAGGAACUGAACAACUUUCAUCUUAUAGAGCAGAAGCUUCUGAGUUAUCACGAUGACGACGCAGAGCUCGAGAAGUUCAACGAGAAGUUCAAAGAAGACUGCAAAUUGAGAAAUAUCUCGCCCGAGUCUGCGCUGUCUUCAGCCGGCUCCGAGGGCUCGGCUGGCUCGUUGUCCGAAAAGUCUGCCGGGAUCGCCCUUCGUCUGCGCCCCACGCUACCCAAGAAGCUGCCAUCCUCAACGCACUUCUCGGCGGCGGCGGCGUGGCGUCAACUCGCCUCCCUGGACGCACAUCUGGCGUCUGAAAGCCAACCGUUGGCGGUGGAGACCAAGAUGACGGGCAACAUAUCGGCGGAGUCCUCGCCCCGUUCCGACCCGUCGGUGGACAAGUCCGGAGACUCGGGCAUUUCCGGAGACCACGCGCACAGCGACCACCGGAUAGACUCGCCGUCUACACACCACCUGGUAGACACCGCCGCGGUGGCGUGGACGCCGCAGCAGGACCUGGGCGAUAGCAGCUCGGAGGGAGCGGGGGGCGUGGGGUGUGCGGGGGCGGCGGAGGGGGGCCCGCCCUCGCCCCCCGGCCCCGCCACCUACAGCCCCGGUGCGCAGCCGUUCAGCCUGUCACUGCCCAGGGAGCACCACGAAAAGGGCAAGCAGCUGCAGCAGGGCUUCAACAGCCUGCAGAAGCUGAGGAAGUCCGUGUCCGGCGCGCUGGGCGCGGCGCUCAGCUCCCGCCGCUUCGACCUGGAGCACGAGCCGCCGCUCGAGGAGCCCGAGCGGAACUGGUUCCUCACCAAAUCGGCUCCCAACUCCUUGAGCAACCCGCUGCUCUUCCAGCAGCCGCGGCGGGACGACGACGAGGAGCCGAAGGACGAGUAUCCCGCCGAUAAGGCCGCGGUGUGGGGCCGCGCCGGCAACUCGUACGUGUCUUGGGGAGGGCACGUGAUGUACCUUCCUCCGCCGCCGCUGCCCGCCCAGCCACACUCCAUGCUCGCCGCACUGGACAGGCCCGUCAGGAGCAAAUCGAGCGGUUGCUUGGAAGCGGCCGCGCGGGCGGCCCGCUCUGCUCGGGCCGCUCUUGCGGGGGAGAUGCGUGAAAGGGAGCGAUCUGCGUCGCCGGAGAUGGCUCGAGCGCUGCCGGCGAUCGUGCGCCCGACACAACGCAACCAGACCAGCACGAACGGCAGAGGCAAGCGGUUCACUUUCCAGUCGACUGUGCGACAGCUGGAGAGGCGGCGUCUCGCCGAGAAGCUGUCGAAGGAAGCCGACCUGAAAGAGCAACAGCGGAAAACCGAACUGGAGGCCAUGAGGAGAGUUGAAGAAGAAUUCCAGCGCAAGCGUGCGAGAGAGAAGGCCAACAUUAGACAACAGUUGCGCCUCGUCAGCAGCGGUGCGUCCAGCUUGCCCACCAACAACUCCAAGGGGAGAGAGGAGCCGGACGGUUCGUGUCGAGAGUCGCCAUCUGGGGAGAGAACACGGGGCCCACGUCAGCACAGCAACCCCUCAUCCGAUAGCAGCGCCCGCAGCAAGAGUUCCACACCUAUCCGCUGCGUGGAGCUGUCCGAGUGGCGCACGGGGCCGGCGGCGCGAGUGUACCGCGACUGGGCGGCCGCGCCCGCGCUCGCCCACGCCCACGCCCACGCCCACCCGCCCGCCUGCGCGACCAUCACGCGCGCCCACGGAGCUGAGGCGGAGGCGUUCAGCGGCAGCCCCCGCUCCGACAACUACCGGCUGGAGUUCGCGCGGGGCCGCUCCCCGCGCACGCCCAGGGCGCCGAGACUAGUGCCCACGCCCGGCUCUCCCUCCUCCUCCGGCAGCGAGCUGUCGAUGCGAGCGGUGCGCGUCAGGUGG